CUUUUAAUACUUUUUAAAACCCCGCGGACACCCUGAUUAAUGAUAAAUAAAUAAACAAAUAAAUUAAUAAAUUAAUUAGAACUAUAACAACAAAGUAAAAAAAAAUAAUCAUGGCCAUGGAAACGGAAUCUACCAGCAUCAGCUUCCUUUGAUGAUGUCAUAAAGGACAAACACACAGCAGGCGCACACAGGCCUAUAUAAAGGGCAGCAGACCCACAGACAGCUUCAUUUGCACACUGGCUUUAGACCUGAGCACACCUACGAUGGCUACUGGUGGACCACACGUGGACAACAUGGAGGUAUUUUCAGACAUACUUAAAGUUGAAUUUGAACAAAAGAAUGAGCUUUUACAAAGAGACUUACGAGAUCUGGAAGCCAGAAAACUAGUUUUUGGUGACGAGAAACGCGACUUUCAACAAAUGGUGGAUGCGUUUGAGAAAAAGAUAGCUUGCAUCAGGGAAAGUCUCCGGAAGGAAAAAGAUAAACUGGAAACAAAAACACAGGAUCUGGAGAAACGAGAACGUCACUUUGAGGAUCAACAAAAGAAACUAACGAAUCACGUUGAUGAACUAAAGACAAACUCUCAGGAAGGAAGAGAUCAUUUAGUUUCAACUCAGUUUCUCGACGAACACAGAGUAAAGAUUGAGCUGGAAGACAGGGAACAGCAGAAACAAGGACAAGAAAUUCAGGAUGAGUGGAAUAAGAUUAAAGAAACUCAAAUUGCUAAUUUUGAGUCGGACGAAAACUUCAAUGAGACAAAAGAGGAAGUCGGAGAUUUAUGGAAAGCUUUACAGGAAAGCAAAGAGAGAUCAACAGAAGAAAUUAAUAACCUGAAAAGAGAUCUGGAAAGACAGAAAUUAGAGUUUAUUGAAUUUAAGGAACAAACAGAAAGGGAGUUAACAGCAGAGAAGCAGACUCUCCAAGAUGAGAGGGAGCGUUUAAACGCUGGGAAAAUGACUCUACAGAACCAGAUCGUUGAGUUUGAGCAGAAACAGACCGAAUCAGAGCAGAUGAGACAGAUUCUGCUCAAAGAGAAACUAGAUGUUCAACUUCUGAGAGAAAAUCUGCAGAAGGACAAAGUGGAGUUUAUGGAAACAGCAGAAGGGUUCCAGAAAGAUUUCAACAAAAGUCUAAACGAUUUGAAGGAGAAGCUGGAAUUUCUGAGUGUUGAGAAGAGAAGUCUGGAGGAAGAGAAGCAACGUUUCCUGAUGACUAAGUCAGAAUCAGAGAUGGAACAAGGGAGGAUUUACGAAAUCCUCCAGGAAGAAUUAGACAAUUUGCAUCUGGGAAAACAAAGUCUGGAAACACAAGUGAUGGACUUUAGGGAAGAGAUUGCUGCAGCAGGUACGAUCUUAGAAGAGAAGGAAACGGCUCUAGAAGAAGGGCUGGAGGGUCUGAGAUUUCAGAGAGAAACUCUGGAGGAAGAAAAGACAAAUUUCCUGUUAACAAAGUUCAGAUGGGAGGAGGAGAAUGAAGAAAUACAGGCUUACCUCCAACAAGAGCUGAAAAGAUUACGAGCUGGGCAACAGAGUCUAGACAAACAGAUGACGGACUCUGAAGAGAGAAACAUAAAUCCAGAGCCGAUCAUUCAGGACAUUCAACGGGUUCUUCAGGAAGAGAGAGACAGUUUAGUAACGCUCCGACAAAACCUGGAGGAAGAGAAGCAACGUUUCCUGAUGACUAAGUCAGAAUCAGAGAUGGAACAAGGGAGGAUUUACGAAAUCCUCCAGGAAGAAUUAGACAAUUUGCAUUUGGGAAAACAAAGUCUGGAAACACAAGUGAUGGACUUUAGGGAAGAGAUUGCUGCAGCAGGUACGAUCUUAGAAGAGAAGGAAACGGCUCUAGAAGAAGGGCUGGAGGGUCUGAGAUUUCAGAGAGAAACUCUGGAGGAAGAAAAGACAAAUUUCCUGUUAACAAAGUUCAGAUGGGAGGAGGAGAAUGAAGAAAUACAGGCUUACCUCCAACAAGAGCUGAAAAGAUUACGAGCUGGGCAACAGAGUCUAGACAAACAGAUGACGGACUCUGAAGAGAGAAACAUAAAUCCAGAGCCGAUCAUUCAGGACAUUCAACGGGUUCUUCAGGAAGAGAGAGACAGUUUAGUAACGCUCCGACAAAACCUGGAGGAAGAGAAGCAACGUUUCCUGAUGACUAAGUCAGAAUCAGAGAUGGAACAAGGGAGGAUUUACGAAAUCCUCCAGGAAGAAUUAGACAAUUUGCAUUUGGGAAAACAAAGUCUGGAAACACAAGUGAUGGACUUUAGGGAAGAGAUUGCUGCAGCAGGUACGAUCUUAGAAGAGAAGGAAACGGCUCUAGAAGAAGGGCUGGAGGGUCUGAGAUUUCAGAGAGAAACUCUGGAGGAAGAAAAGACAAAUUUCCUGUUAACAAAGUUCAGAUGGGAGGAGGAGAAUGAGGCAAUACAGGCAAAAGAGCUGGAAAAAUUCCAAAUUAGGCAACAAACUCUCAAACAGAUGACGGACUCUGAAGAGAGAAACAUAAAUCCAGAGCCGAUCAUUCAGGACAUUCAAUGGGUUCUUCAGGAAGAGAGAGACAGUUUAGUAACGCUCCGACAAAACCUGGAGGAAGAGGAACUAGAGUUUAUGGAAACAAGGGAAGCAGAAAAUCAUCUUUUAAAGGAGAAACAACGAGCUAUGGAAGAAGAGGUUGAACUUUUGACUCAAGAGAAAAUUAUUUCUGAAGCGAGAAUGGACGACACUGAUAAAAAAAUUGGAAGAAUUCUCCAGCUUUUUCAAGAGGACCAGAGACAUUUAGAUCAGAUCAGGCAGGAGCUGAAAGAGCAACCACAAGCGUUGGAACUGAACGCGGCAUCUUUAAACGUGGAAGACGAGCAGCCACCUGUGGAGGACGGGUCAGACAGUCCCACAGCUGCGUCUGAAGAUCUGGGGGAACGGAGUUUAGAAAAAACAAAGACAAAUUCAGAAGAGGAGCAUAAAGAAAAGCAUGAAUGCUUCCUAGAUGAGUUCCAGUAUUUAGAAGCUGGGAAUCAGAGUUUAGAAGAACAGAAGAUGGACUCUCAAGAGAACGAAAAAGAUUCAGCCCAGAUUCUUCAGGAGGCACAAACUCUGGCUGACCAUGUCUUGGGAACUGAAUACUCAUUAGGUACCCAGUACCUUGGUACCCAGCAGUGGGUUAGAGGGCACUUGUUACUUGGUACCCGAUACAGGGGCCCUGGCUACGCAGCAUGUCCUCAUAAUGAUGAAACACAAAAGAUGGAACUGAGGGAAGAAAUGCAGAAAGCAUCUUUAAACGUGGAAGACGAGCAGCCACCUGUGGAGGACGAGUCAGACAGUCCCACAGCUGCGUCUGAAGAUCUGGAAGAACCGAGUUUAGAAAAAACUGUGAGUACCCAGGUACCCAGUGACGGGUACCCAACUGUUCCCGGUCUUCAUGAUGAUAACGAUGAGCUUCCAGAGAACCCCGGGCCUGUCCAUGGGAGCGCUGAAGAAGACUGGGAGGCUGAAGAGCCAAGGCCUUCUACAUCUGGCCUAGGAUCCAGCUGGGACCAAUCUGACUUCUACUGGAGAUGUCUUCUUCCAGAACACCAAUGAAGAUCAGAAAAGCAUAUACAAGUGAAGUAAGGAGCUUGGGAUGGGCUUAGAUGUUUUAAAACUAGGAAACAGAGAAUUUUAAUCAGGAAAAUGUAAAAUUUUCAGAGAGAAGAAACUGAAUGGGUGAGAGUAGACACUGCAAACCUGCAGGAACAGGACAUGCAGGCGGAGGAAAUAAUACGAGCAGCCAAUCUAAAUUUAGUAAAUAGUAACACACAGUAACACGAGGGAUUAAACAAAGGCUCAAAGUUUAGAAGAGCCGAAAAUUAACCUGAAGUUCUCCAAGAGCUUCUGCUGGAGGAAACAGGAAUGGGUGAAAUAUUUUAGCUCUAACAAUUACGCUUACCAGAGCUUCUAGUUUAGGUAGACUAAGAGUCAACACCUUAGAUGGGUUGGCUCUUGAUUUAAAAUGCCACGACGUUAAAGAAGUUUUAUACUAUGUGUCUAGGAUGUAGCUUCUUCCACCACCAGGUACUAAAACACAAAAAAAAAAAACAAAAAAAAACCGCAGCACAGGUGAGAUCUCAACAGAUCUAAUCAUUUGUGUCUCCGUGUGCUGCGUGGGGGUUUUCUCUGGGUGCUCCAGUUCACCCCCAACCCAAAAUCCUAAAAUCCUGGCACGUUAAGCCUAAUUUAUACUUCUCCGUCAUCGCCACGAGGGAGAGACACGCUCGCACAGACGGAGACAGUUUGCCCUCGGACUUCUCCGUCUCCUGGGGAGUGUUGCAAAGCAAUUCCCCGCCUGGACAUUUAACCCUCUCAGGCUCAAAAUAAGUUUUGAUAAAAGGACGAACAACUAAGUCCUUCAGGGGUCCUUCUGAGUUAAAAAUGCUCAUGAAACACGUGUGUGGAGGAACCAGGUAGGUACUUCUCUGCAUGGACUUCAUGACCCAAUACAUGCAAUGCAUGCUAAAGACAAAGCAGGCUUCUCCUAUGGUUGGAUGGUAUUUCAGCUCUCGUUCUGAUGACUUAGGUUUGGGGUAAAAUAAAGGUGAAUUUAUGUUCUAAACAUAGAUUAUAGGUGUUUUAGAACAUCGUGUGUUUGACGACGCCUGUUCAGAGUCAUAAAUCAUUUAUUAGCUGAUAGAUGAAAUUCUGCAUCCCUGACAAAAAUCUAGGGAGGACCCCCGAGACCCCAACAACUCAAAAAUAUCAACAUCAAUUAUGAUAACGUAUAUGUAUAUUAUCACUACAGUACAUAUACAAAUUAGUGAUCCUCUAUAUCUGGAAAAAAUGUUUUCUUUAUAUAAUUUCUUAAAGGCCCAGUGUGUGAUAUUUUUGCUUGUUUACUAUCAUCCUGUGUUUCCAGUUCACAAACGUGUCCUUUUUCACUAACAUUUCUCAUCAACGUCAAGUCUAAAUAUUCCUCUCAACUUGUAAUUAUACAUUUUUAUAUACAUAAACUGUGGUUGACCCUCCAUGGUCAUCCACCAUCUUAAAGUACAGUAGCGGUUUAGGGACAUAGGAGCUCCACGUUACCCGUUUGGACUAUGACUGUAACCUGACCAAACCAGCAGAGGGCAGCAGUGAGCCCUGGCAGCAUGGAGUCUGAUAAUUCAACUAAGAAAUAGAAACGAAUAGCUACACCGUUGCUGUACUUGUUAGUUUGAAUAAAAAAACUAUUAAAUAAAAAGACACAAAUUUUGUCAGCUCCUCAUGUCCAACACAAGAAAGCCGCAUAUGUUCAGACCCUCGCCUGCUAUUAGCU